UGUUCUCUCUCUGUUUUUUUACCUGAUAAAGCUUUGUUUGAGCUAUGGAGACGGCAAAAAAUGUCAUUUUUUCACUCGGGAUUGUGCUUGGCUUUUGUUUUCUUUCGACCAUUCGCGCAUUCGCGCCUUCUGGAUGGACCAAAGCUCACGCGACCUUUUAUGGAGGCGGUGACGCUUCUGGAACCAUGGGAGGAGCUUGCGGGUAUGGCAACUUGUACUCAACCGGAUACGGAACUAGAACUGCAGCUUUAAGUACUGCAUUGUUCAAUGAUGGAGCUUCUUGUGGGCAAUGCUACAAGAUCAUGUGCGACUCUGAGGCUGACUCUCAAUGGUGCAAGAAGGGAGUAUCUGUGACCGUCACCGCAACGAACUUCUGCCCUCCGAAUUACGCCCUUCCAAACAACAACGGCGGCUGGUGCAACCCUCCCCUCCAGCAUUUCGACAUGGCUCAGCCUGCUUGGGAGAAGAUUGGCAUCUACCGCGGUGGGAUCGUGCCCGUGAUCUUCCAAAGGGUGCCCUGCAAGAAGCAUGGGGGAGUUAGGUUCACAAUCAAUGGGAGGGACUACUUUGAACUAGUGUUGAUAAGCAAUGUGGCGGGGGCUGGGUCUAUUCAAUCUGUGUCCAUCAAGGGAUCAAAAACAAACUGGGUGCCAAUGUCAAGGAACUGGGGGGCUAAUUGGCAAUCCAACUUAUACCUCAAUGGCCAGUCUCUGUCCUUCCAAGUCACCACUACCGAUGGCGCGACUCGAACUUUUCCGAACAUCGUUCCUGCUAAUUGGGGCUUCGGGCAGACCUUCUCUAGCCUGGUACAAUUCUGAGCUGGAAAAGAUGAGUCUGUUUACUGUGUAUCAGUAUAUGGUUUCGGGUUUGGUCAGCUGAGGCGUGCUUGUUAUUUUAUAGAAGCAGCCCGCCAUUUUUUAUUUUUUUUUGUUGGGCUGAGGAGGCUGUUCGGAUUUGAGAUGCGAAGAAGCCCAUGAACUCAAGGAAGGCAGGGAUUCAACCCUAGUGUGAAUGUGGACAAUAUUUCAGUGUCUUAUUGAAGAUCGUAGCAUUAAUAGUCAGUGCAGCCAAAUUGCUGCAUCAUUAUUGUAUCUUUGCUCUUUAUAAAUGAAUCUUCUU